AUGGCGAGUCGGCCGGAAAAGGAAUUCGAAGAUUCUUCGGAAGAGGAAAACAAGGCAUAUCUGAAACUCUUGUUCAGCAAAAUGAUGAAGAGAAUCACCGGGGCGGACUUGGAGGAGGAUGCAUCAUCGUCGGAGGAAGCAUCAUUGGAGGAGGCAUCAUUGGAGGAGGCACCAUUGGAGGAGGCACCAUUGGAGGAGGCACUAUUGGAGGAGGCACCAUUGGAGGAGGCACCAUUGGAGGAGGCACCAAUGGAGGAGGCACCAUUGGAGGAGGCACCAUUGGAGGAGGCACCAUCCACAAGCCACAGGCGUAAGAAGAAGAAGCGCCUAAGGAAGUAUUCUUCGGAGGACGCAGAAGAGGAGGAGGAAGGGUCCUCCACAAGCCGCAAGCGCAAGCGCAAGAAGAAGCGCCGCAAGAAGUCCAAGUCUUCUGACAGGGCCCCAAUGCCCGUAGAAGAUCCUGAGAUAGAUGAACCAUUAGGAGCAGACACGUCUUCUGAACUCCUUUCGCCCUGUGGCCCGGUCUUAGAACCGUCGGCCGAAGAGUAUAGUGUGGAGGGUGUGGACUUGAAUGGUGUGGUGGAGUCGUCGGAAGCGGAGGGUCCUGGGAGUUCUAUGGCAAGUCAGGAGAAGUCAGAAUCUCCACCCUCCGAAGCAAUGGUAUGCGUGAUGUCCUAGGCAUCUUCCUCGAAAGUAGGCGAAGGUCCUACCAACCUAAGCUCCUAAGCACUCAGAAACCGAAGAAAAGACGAC